AAUUCAAUUCGAUCAGCAAUGGAUUGUGUUGUUGUAAGUAGUCUGCUAGGAAUAGUAGAUCAACUACAGCUUCUUCUUCUUCAUAAUAAAAACAAUCCUUGUUUGAUUCUUCCUGAGAUAGAUCUAGAUGAUGCUCAAAUCAUCCUAUCCACCUUAAAGGACAAGCUCCAUUUCCUGCACGCCUAUCUUCACAAACCUAACCCCAUUCCCAUAAGCUCAAAUUAUCCCGAUCUCCAGGCAGUGGAAAGGCUGAAUGAAGAAAUCAGAGAUGUUGCAAAGAAAGCAGAAGAUGAAAUCGAAUCCAAACUGGGUGAUGUUUACUUGGCGGCUAACCAGCACCAGCAGGGUGAGGGAGAGUGCGCAGUAGCAGUAAUGGCUGCAGCUUAUGAAGAUCUUCAUCGGUGCUUGCAGAAAGUAGUGAAGGAUUUUGAGUGUAUUGAGGUGCGCAUCAGAGAUUUGCAAACAAGACAUACAGCCUCAAUUCAGAGAUACGUCAGGGAUGGUGUCUCCUCCUCCUCCAAGUAUGAUUUAGAGCAUGAUUUUGAGAAUACAACGAUAGGAAUCGAAGGGGAUGUUGAGGAAAUAAAAGGCAUGCUCAUUCAAACUUCUUCGUCCACUCAACUACAAGUCGUUUCAAUUCUGGGAGAUAGAGGGACCGGUAAGACUACUUUGGCCGAAAAAGUUUACGGAGAUCCAUCUAUUAUGUCUCACUUUGACAUUCAAGCAUGGACGGUUGAAGGUGAAGUACAGAGCAAGAGAAAUGUAGUGAUUGAUAUUUUAAGUUGUAUUGUGUCAUUGAGCAAAGAAGAAAUCUCCAAACAAGAUGAUGAGCAGCUAGCAGAGCAACUCCGCAAACUUCUGAUGGGUCAAAGGUAUUUCAUUGUCAUUGAUGACCUUUGGACCACAGAGGCAUGGGAUUAUAUCUGUACAUCUUUUCCACGCAAUAGUGAUGGAAGUCGAGUUCUGAUAACUACUCGACUUCUGCAAACGGCUGAAUAUACUGGCUCUAUGUGCAUUUACAGAACAUGUUCUCUGAAUUCAGAAGAAAGCUGGAAAUUAUUUUGCAAAACUGCAACGUCUAAUGGAAAAUGUAGUAGUCUACCCCCUGAAUUUGAGAUAAUAGGGAGAUGCAUUGUUGAGAAAUGUUGGGGAAUACCACUAGUAAUUGUUUUGAUUGGUGCACUUCUGGCUACACUCAACAACUCACCAAGGCAGUGGGAGGAUAUUCUGUUCAUCAUUUCAUCAUGCGAGGAUCGUUUUGAGAUAUUGUAUUACAUAUUUGAAGUUUGCUACCACUAUUUGCCUACUCACCUAAAACCUUGUUUUCUUUAUUUCCAAGUUUUCCCUGAGAAUACUGAAAUUCAUGUGAAAAAGUUGAUAAAGUUAUGGGUAGCUGAAGGAUUUGUAAACCCGGAGAUGAACAAGAGUUUAGAAGAGAUAGCUAAAGAUUAUUUGUGUGAUCUUAUCAAUAGAAGGCUAGUUCACAUUCACAAGAGGAGUUUGGAUAGAAAAAUCAAAUCAUGUAUGCUUCAUGGUAUAUUACAUAACUUUUGCGUGAAAAAAGCAAUUGAGGAGGAUAUUAUGAUGGUUAGUAUGAUGGAAGAUAAUAAGUAUCUUGAAGAGCGUCGUUGGGUAAGUCAUCAAGAUAGUUGUUGGUCAAUUACUAACUCUUCACUUAAAACUCGUUCCCUUUUCUACUUUAAGGAAAAUUUAUAUCUUGCAAAGUGUUCUGCGAUAUUCUUAUCUUUGAAGUUGUUAAGAGUAUUGGACUUAUCACUAAUAAAAUAUUGGCAUGGCAUGCCUAGCGAGAUUAUGAAUUUGGUUCAUUUAAGAUAUUUAGCUUUAACAACUAUAGGUUCUAUUUGUAACUCUCAAUUGUUUAUGCUCCAAAGUUUGCAAACUCUCAUUCUCUCCGCAUGGACAAAAGAGUAUCAACUGCAACUGCCAACUUGCAAACUCUUUCAUGGUUCAAAGUUACCGGCUGGGACUCAAGAACAACAAACUUUACAAGAGUUCCAAACCUGAAGGAGUUGGGGAUCUACAUUGAAGGUGAAGUAUUGCCUAAUGCUCUUGACAACCUUGCUCAGUUACAUCAACUUGAGAAGUUAAAGGUUAAAACAGGAAGGGUAGAGCGGUUUAAUCUUCCAAAUUGUUUUCCAUCAAACCUCAAGCAAUUGACCCUUAGUAAUACGUAUCUUUCAUGGGAAGAUAUAGACAUUAUUGGCAUGUUACCCAACCUUGAUUUACUCAAAUUGAAAGAUUUUGCUGUUUGUGGCCCAAAGUGGACACCAAGGCAUGGGGAGUUUCUACAACUAAGGUUCUUCCUUAUUGAGCGCUCUGAUCUCGAACAUUGGAAUGCAAAUGCAAACCAUUUCCCAGCUUUGGAGCAUCUAAUUCUAAAAUAUUGUUGGGACUUGGAAAAACUUCCAAAUGAUUUUAAGCAGAUUUCUACAUUGCGAUUAAUUGAGUUAGGCAAUUGUUGUUCUUCUCUUGUGACUUCGGCAAAGGAGAUCCAACUAGCGCAACUAGAGUUGGGAGAUGAAGGAGUACUUGUUGUUCGUGAUGUAACUAAGAUUGAGCUGCCAACCAAUGAAAGCUCAGAUAAAAGGGGUGAGUACGCAAUUUGAUAACUUUGUGUUUGAGGAAAUCUGGUUUAACCAAGGGAAUCAUAUACAAGUUACAAUGAUGCAUUGGCUUCAUUCCCAGAAAUGCAUCCUGGCUGGCUGAAGUUUUGGUGUGUCUCAUUUGCAGCUUGACUGUUAUUACAAUGGUGUUUCUUUGGGUUUUUUUGAGUUGGUGUUGGAGUUCAUCGAUUAUGUUGGCUGGUUCGUUGGUUGAACUGUUAUUGUAUUAAAACAAUGGUUCUGAAGUGAUAGUACUGUAUUAUUGGAUUGUGCGAUUCAUUGAAGUGUUAGUGUUAAAUAUGAUUUGGUAUUUGGUUGAGAUGUUAGUUCUGAACUUACUCUAUCCAAACAAUAUAAUGGUUCAUU